UUUAAAAGGCUUCGAGCAGAAGCACGGACAGUCGAGGAGAGACACUUGAAGAUCAGGGUUGAACAACUAGGCUACUAAUAACCUGCAAGAGCCUUGGGGUAAACGCACAAUGGGGAUAGUUAAUGAUUCAACCCUUGUGGGAUUUAAAUAUCCAUCAUUUUACUUACACAGAUAUUUAAUCAGUAAUUUUUAAGAGUAGCGCGCAACAGGACACCGGCGUUUCCAUUUACGCACGGAAAGCGCGCGCAUUUUAACGCGUUGGAUUGCUGUUGUUUUUAACGAGGCUUACAAUGGGACACGCGAGCAACACAUCGCACCCGGUUAACUCAUCAGACCCGUACGGACGCGAUGAAGAGGUCGCCAAAAUCGAGAUCGCGGUCCUCAGCGUCACCUUCGCGGUCGCCGUGAUCGGGAACUGCAGCGUCCUGGUGGCCAUUCACAACACCAAGAAGAAAACCUCGCGAAUGCACCUGUUCAUCAAACACCUGAGCCUGGCCGAUCUCGUGGUCGCGUUUUUCCAGGUCCUUCCACAGCUGUGCUGGGAAAUAACCUUCCGUUUCUACGGGCCGGACUUUCUGUGCCGGAUCGUGAAGCACCUGCAGGUGAUGGGCAUGUUCGCGUCCACAUAUAUGAUGGUUAUGAUGACUCUAGAUCGAUACAUCGCCAUCUGCCACCCUCUGAAAACCCUCCAACAGUCCACCAGGAGGUCCCACAUCAUGAUCGGGGGCACGUGGAUCAGCAGCCUGGUCCUCAGCACCCCUCAGUACUUCAUCUUCUCCCUCAGUGAGAUCCAGAACGGGUCCGAGGUGCUCGACUGCUGGGGCCACUUCAUCCAGCCCUGGGGACCCCGCGCGUACAUCACCUGGAUCACAGCUGGGAUAUUCCUCAUCCCGGUCGUCAUACUGAUGACCUGCUACGGAUUCAUAUGCCACAGCAUCAGGAUGAACAUCAGAUAUAAGACCAAGAUGACGCCGACUGAUGGCGCGCACAAGAACGGGCUGAUCGGGAAGAACUCCGUGAGCAGCGUCACCACGAUCUCCAGAGCGAAAUUACGCACCGUCAAGAUGACCUUUGUCAUCGUGCUCGCCUAUAUCAUCUGCUGGGCGCCGUUUUUUACCGUGCAGAUGUGGUCGGUGUGGGACGAGAACUUCAGCUGGGCCGAUUCGGAGAACACGGCGGUCACUCUCUCUGCGCUGCUGGCCAGUCUGAACAGCUGCUGUAACCCGUGGAUCUACAUGGUCUUCAGCGGACACCUCCUGCACGACUUCACACACUGCUUCCCCUGCUCCCAUCAGAUCCAGCAGAGCUUCCGGAAAGAGGACUCGGACAGCAGCUUACGGAGGAACACACUGCUCACCAAAAUCACCAACCGAAGCCCCACGUGCAGCUCGGGAACCUGGAAAGAUCUCGACCAGUCCCCUAAAUCUGACCGAUCGGCUCCGGCCGGCACGUGAUGAUGCCCCGGGACGGGAGUGCAUCUUUAUUGAUAUUCGGAUAAUGCUUUUGACUUUAUUGAUCUUUAUUGAUCAGCACUUUGGAGAGCCUCUCGCUCACUAAAUGCUAUCUAUAGCACGCACUGUGUUUAUCGUGCAAUUUAUACGCGAAAAUGAGUUUUUACACGUCUUUACUAGUGGUGUCGGGUGCGCGUGGACACGCAAAUGAACAUCGCAUGAAAUGCACACGAAAACUGUGUAUCAUAUGCCCGUAAAAACUCAUUUUCGAGUAUAAAUUGCACGAUAAUACACAAUGCGUGCUAUAGAGAGCACAGACUCUCACGGCGGAUGAGCGGAUAUACACCAGUUUCAUUUAAAGGGGUCAUCGAAUGCAAAAUUCACUUGUAUAUGGUGUUUGCAUAUAUGUGUGUAUGCAGUUUGUGGACACGACCACCAUACAAUGAAGAAAAUCCAUUCACUCCUUUUUUAUCCUCAAAAAGCCUAAACACUCUCAAUGAUCAAGCCAUUUGGAGCCAUUUUUUGAGCAAUAUGAGUCAUGUAUAUUGCUCAUGCUCCGCCCACGACCACUGUCCCGUAUUAGCAUAUUUCCCAUAUUAGCAUAUUUCCAACCUCAGCCAUUUGUAUUAGUUCUGCCAAAGCAGCUCUUUACAUGUCUUGUGUGGAGGAGCAGUUGCUCAUUAUCAUUUAAAGAGACAUGCACCUAAUUUUCAUUUAAAGAGACAUGCACCGAAACAGGUCAAACAGAACUGUUAUAGAGGAGGUAAAAGGGCGUUGUUUUACACAAUCAUUGAGGAAUUUUAUCCAAAAUAUGUUACAAACUUUACACAAAGACCCUAAAGAAUGACACCAACUUGUGGAAAAUGGGCAUCCGAUGACCCCUUUAAAACUCAUUUAAAACAAUAAGAGUACAGAGCUGUGAGAUGAAUAUAUGGAGAACAGCUUGGAUCAUUUGAUCAGAAAUAUUUGACUUUUUAUUGCGGCCAAGCAGAGUUUGAGACAUUGUUUGGAAACUUUCUGAAGUCUGUCUUUGUCUCGACUCCUGCUGAAGUCUUCAUUGCUGUCGUCAGAGAGAAGUUUGAAUACGUUUUUUUAAAAAUGCUUUGAGUCUCUUUUGCUCACCAAGGCUGCAUUUAUUUGAUCAAAAGUACAGUAAAAAAUCAGAAA